AUGGAGCCUACUAUCUUCUUUGGGUUAUUCACCCUUUUCACUAUAUACAGCCUUUGGUAUCCCAUCCCGUUAACAACGAUAAACCCACGUUUUCCACUGCCUGCUAGAAUUGCUGGAACUAUUCAGUUAACAGCGACGACAAAUUCCGCGGUCUCCAUGUUUCGAAAUGUCAUGUGGCCAGAUUUGAAUCCACGUCCUCCCUCAAAUGAAUCUCUGCCGAAUAACAUCACCCCUUUAAUCAACGAUCAGCUGCAAGAGUUCCUUGAUAAAUGGGAUUACAAACUUGAGAAACACAUCACAGAAAAUGCAGAGCGUCCGGUUUCUACAGUCACAUCAUAUUCUACUCCGACACCCACCUUGCAAGCUAUGAUGGCCAACAUCAUAGAGCCACAAUCUUACCCAGAUCCUCUGGAUUAUAACAGUUGGGUUGGGUACACAUUCUAUCAGUUCGCAGAGAAAGAAGUGAGACGCAAUCCUAAUAUGUACACCUUGGCUGCUAUUUUCAUACUGGUAAACUAUUGGCUUGUGCGAUCUGCGCGAAGGUCCGAAGUCCGUGAGGAGCUCGAAGCAGUGAAGGAAGUGCCCAUUGACAAGAUAAAGGAAUUGCGUGAUGAACUUAUUGCUCACAAUGCUCGAUUACAUUUGGUCGAAGUCAAGGUCGAGGGUCUUGCUUUGGCUGAUGACCAGCGUCGGUUUUCGAGGACUGCUUCUAGGCAGAUUCCACAGGUGGGCGAAUCUGAGCAGGCCUCAACGGAGGCCCAGACAUCACCAGGCAUAUUACCGGCCAGCCAGCCAGGAAAACCCGAAUUUGAUUCUCUUCAAGAGCAACUAACAGAAAUGAGACAAGACCUUGUUUCUUUGAAAAGCAACUCGGAAACACGCUCAGAACACCUUUCGGAAAACAUUGCUUCCGUUAUGAGCACAAUUAAAGAGUUGCAAAAGGAAUCUGAGUCUACUUCGCGGACCAGAAUAAUGAACGAUGCGGUCUCAGUCAAAAAGAGCGUAUUCGAAGACCUUAAAUCAGAACUGACGCCUCUUAGUGACCGGAUAUCUGAUAUUGAGGCCUAUUCUUCUUCAUCACGAGGGGAACUGGGAAGAUUUGCUAUCCAGGUAUCGCAGAUCAUGGAAAGUAUAAACGUUCUAAGAAGGGAAUUUGAAAAGGUCAAGCGCAAACUUUCGGCUGAGUUAGCUUCAAUAAAAACCGAAAUAUCCAGGGAACACAAGUUAGAGCUUGAUGCUGUUGAAAAGCAGAUAAUCGAGUUGAGGCAAACAGCUUGUUUAUCAAGAGAUGAAUUGGAUGAUCACCUUUCACAGCGGAUAUCUUCGAUAAUGGGCAUAAUCAACGAAGCGAAAGAAGAUUCCGCAAGCGGUGUUCCUAUCGACUCCGUCAAAAAGGAAAUGGCUAGUCUUAAGUCUUCCUUGAAGGUUGUUGAGCAUGCAAUGAAAGAAAUAGGAGACGAAACAAAGAACCAAGAUGUACACCAUCUCCGAGUUUCUCUAGAGGCUUUACAGGCAGAAAGUACUAGGUCGUUGCAAGAAUUAUCCAGCCGUUUGGAUAUGGCGAUGCAAGACAUACAAGUGGAACCAUGGAGAGUUAAACAUCAACAGUUUGACCAAUGGAUUGCUAUGGUUGAAAGUAAGCUUCAGGGGUUGGAACACCGUUCGCUAACUGAAAGCAAUCUACUCCCCGUUCUAUCACAAUUGGAGGCGUUGAAUACUAAAGUUGAUCUUAAUGAUUCUUUGUUCAAAAGAGUUGAAGAUGAAUGUGCCACGAAGUUCGAGCAGAAGUCUCUUUAUGCGGAUGUUAAACAUCUCGAAGGACGAGUGAAUCAGUUAGAAUCUAUUCCUCAGAAAGAUCCGUCAAGCACUAUGAAGGAGGAGCAUGUCAUUAAACUGAGGGAUCUGGGCAAAAGUUGUGUGGAUCUCAGGUCAGAAAUCGGUGAAAUCAAAGAUACCCUCACUACAUUAAUAUCGGAUGAGAUUCCCAAACAUCGCUCGGAAACCCUCGAUAAGCUUACCGAAUCUGUUCGACUAAGUACAUCUCAAAUUGAGAAAGAUAUCGAGGCUCGUUAUGCUCAUAAGGAGGAUGUACUCAAGUGUUUAAAUUCUCUUCAACUAGAUGGGAAAAAGCCUAUUGACCUGCAGCGCCUGAAGAAGGAUCUUUCUGAGAUUGAAAAUUACGCAUACGCCACUCAAAAUAACUUGAAUCUAGCAAUUGAAAGAAUAACUGACAAUGAGCAGCAUAUUGAAACUUUACGCGAGGGCAACGCUACCAACUACAAAGAUAUUCGCCGAUGUUUAGACAAGCUAGGGAUAUCUGGUACCAUCGUGCCUCUCAGUGCACCUAUUAAGCCAAAACCAGUCCCCGGAGAAUCGAAGCCACCCGUCCACAUUGACUUAUCUGUGGGGAAAAAGUUCAACUCACAGGUCUCGUCCAGUUCACUAGAUCGAGGUGAUAAGAAUAUCAGUCGGUUUGACCCAAGGUACAAGGGAGACGACAAACCUGUUGGUUCUGAUAUCGAAUCUAACCUGUCUAAACGUUCUGAGCCCUUGAAAAAAACAAGUCAAGGCAAGAAUAUCAGUCGGUAUGACCCAAGAUACCAGGGCAGUGACAAGUUUAGAAAAUCUUUUCCCGAGCCAGGAUCUUCAGAAGCAUCUAAAGCAGAAGGAAAGCUGAAUCUCACGGCGGACUCGUUCGUGGAGCGCCCAAAGAGUAGUGGGGAUAGGAGUCGGGCGUCAAGAGCCAGUGUUGCCCAGUCAGAGUUUGCAGGAAAGGAAAAGACUGAAGUCGAAAUGACGACGGCAAAAGAGAAGCCUGAAGAGGGUGAAGAUGCUAUAAAAUCUUUGGUCGAAAUCACGUCGCGCCAGGAGCAGCAAUCAGAGAGAGAGGAAAAAGAUGUAGACUCCAUGUCUGUCUCAGACGAUAAUGGCGACGAUGCUCCUGAUACUUCUGCUGAACCAGUUUCUAGCAAAUCACCGGAGAUUGCAGCUACAACCGAGUCUGAAGAUAAAAUGGAAAUGUGA